CUUAACCUAGAUAAUUUAAAUGAAUAAUGGAAAUAUUGAAUUUGUUUAAUGAGUGACGAACGGGUGCCAUGUAUAAUUUAAGUCGAAAUAAAUGUCCAAAAAUACCUUUCGAGGUAGUUUGUUGUCAUAAAAGCGGUGUAAAAUAUUUGGAGUGCAUAUGAAUAUUUGAAGCUUAAAUUAUUUUUAUUUGGUUGAAAUAAGAUUUUUUCAAAUCAAAUGUUCCUUAAAAUUCAAAUCAGUUGGAAAUGGCAACAAUCAGGCACUGCUCAGGGCGUUGGUUUGGAAGAUAUCGGUCCUAUUUUCUAAUAGGGCUAAUCAUUUUAGUGAUACAAAUAUACUUAGCUUAUAAAUCAUUAGCAAUAUUACCUUAUUCUAAAUCAAACACUGAACCUCCAAAUACUCAAAAUGCAAAAAUACAAGAAUAUGGUGAAAGAAGAGCAAACGCUUUAAUUGAUGAUGAAGAUAUUCAGAGCAAUUCUAAUAAUAAUGUAUUGUUCAAACAGAGAAAUGAUUAUAAUAAAGUAAAUAUAAGUAAAACUAUUUUACAAGAUGACAUGGAAUACUUGGCAUUAUGCGAUAUACAGUCACGGGAGGCUAUAUCGGCUAUACACAGAGCAAAAACUCACAAAUGCAAAAAAUUUAUAGCAAAUAUUACAUGUGCAAUUCAAGCAAAAACAUUUUAUCCACAACAUUUACCAAAUUAUUGCCCAAAUAAUGGAUUUACCUCUAAUAAACCUUUAGGGUGUUUUAAGGAUGAAAAGAAUUUCAGAAUGCUUUCAGGAUAUUAUGCAAAUUACAAACUUACUAAUUCUCCUAAAUAUUGUUCACAAAUGUGUUUGCAAUCAGGUUUUCCUUACGCUGGAGUUCAAUAUUCAACGGAGUGUUUUUGUGGAAUUAAUGCACCAUCAUCAGCUUUGAAAAAACCUGACUCCUCUUGCAAUAUGAAAUGUCCUGGAGAUCCCAAAGAAAUUUGUGGUGGCUUUUUUAAAAUGAAUAUAUAUGAAACAGGAAUUUCAAAAUUCUCACCUCAAACUGCAGUAACUUUAACAACAAAUGAUACAGAACCUAAAGUACGCAUUGUAUAUUUGCUGACUUUAAAUGGACGAGCAGUACGUCAAGUUUACAGAUUAAUUAAAGCUCUAUUUCAUGUAGAUCAUUAUUUUUAUAUUCACGUAGACUCUCGCCAAGAUUACAUGUUUCGUCAACUUUUGCAAUUAGAAAAUAACUUUCCAAAUAUACGUCUUUCUCGCAAUCGUUUUUCUACUAUUUGGGGAGGUGCAUCUUUACUCCAAAUGUUGCUAGCUUCUAUGAAUGAACUGUUAAAAUCUGAUUGGAAGUGGGAUUUUAUUAUAAAUUUAAGUGAAAGUGAUUUUCCAAUUAAAUCAAAUGAAAGACUUGUGCAAUUCUUAACAGCAAAUAAAAAUAAAAACUUUGUGAAAUCACAUGGGCGAGAAGUACAAAGAUUUAUUCAGAAGCAAGGCUUAGACAAAACUUUCAUUGAAUGUGAUACGCAUAUGUGGAGAACAGGUGAUAGAACCUUGCCAUGGGGUAUUCAAAUUGAUGGCGGUAGUGAUUGGAUAACUCUGACUAGAGAGUUUGUGAAAUAUAUCACACAAGAACAAGAUGCCCUUGUCAAGGGCCUAAUGACUGUUUUUAGGCAUACUUUAUUACCUGCUGAAUCAUUUUUCCAUACAGUUUUACGCAACUCCAAAUUUUGUAAGACUUAUGUAGAUAAUAAUCUGCAUGUAACUAAUUGGAAACGAAGAUUGGGUUGUAAAUGCCAAUAUAAGCAUGUUGUUGAUUGGUGUGGAUGUAGUCCAAAUGAUUUCAAAUUAGAUGACUGGCCGCGAUUGCAAGCUACUGAGAUAAGGCAACUAUUUUUUGCAAGAAAAUUUGAGCCAAUCAUAGAUCAAAAGAUAAUAUUGAAAUUAGAAGAAUGGCUAUUUGGUAAAGAUGAUUUUUCUGUAAACUUACACAGUUACUGGCAAAGUAUUUAUCACUAUGCUGAUGUAAGUCCUUCUGUUGAAGAUGCCUUGAUGACUGUUUCUAAAAGUCUUGUGAGAAUUAACUCAAACAAUAUUAAUUGUGAUAUAUUAUUAAUUAAAAUUUUAGAAGUACUAAGUUACCAUAAUCAUGACAAAUAUAUAGGAAAUAUUGUUCAAUAUGAGAUUCAUACACAGUUAUAUGGAAAGUUUAAAUUUGAAAUGCUGGUAGCUUUUCAGAAUCAGACGCAAAUUGAUAAUAACUCUCACUUGAACAAACAUUUUUUAAAUAUUUAUGUUAGUUCAGACUAUGAUCAAAAAGAACAAGUAUCACGCAACUUUGGAAAAAUUAUUGGUCCAUUUUCUGAUAUUGUUGCUAUAUAUGAAUAUUUGCCUGAUUCUGAAGCUUUCCAAAAUAAUAAUAUAACUUUAGUAUUUGUUGACCCUUCAGGUAAUGUAGCUGAUAUUUGUGAUGGCUACAUAGAUGUAGUAAGAUCUAUUCAUUUUGUUAAGCCGAGUUUAAAAGGGCCACAUUUACCAGGUGUGUGGACAGUAAAAGUCAUACACAGUAGGAAACUUAUUGCCAAAACUAGUUUUUUUGUUACUCCCUUAGAAACUUAUUUAGGCAAAGAAAUCACUGAAGAACAUUUAAAAUUUAUUCACGUUGGUAAUAGUCAUUAUUCUAAGUCAGAACAAACAUUAAAUGAGUAUAAAUCUUAUCUUCCAUCACAAGAAAGCGUUCAAAAUUUAAGUGCAAUAGCAGUUAAAAAUUCAAUAAAACUUAAAGUUGAUUUAAGAGAUUGGAUAGACAGUUUAGUUUCAAGUUUUUAUAAAGUGUUAAGACAAUGCGUAAUCAUUGGCAAAAAUGAAAAACUAAAAAAUCUAAAAUGCUCAAAUUCUAAAAUUUCAUCAUGUAAAUCUGUGUCUUGGAGUUCAAUGACAUUUGAUUCUAAAAGCCAUAUAGGAAAAAUUGAUUCAACUACGGGACUGUUAAUGAGAUCAUAG